AUGCAGAAAAAUAUGGUGAAACAAUUAGCAGUUGGUCAUGACCUCCUCCUACGAGUCUUGGUCGUGCUCUUCCUCUUACCUUAUGGUUCUUUGUCCUACUCGAGUCAAUUAACCCACGAUAUUCAUCGACAUAAGCUUCCUUUCCGACGUGUCCUCCUUGGCCAUGACACGGAGAAGUAUGCAGUCAUAUUCGAUGCUGGAAGUACAGGGAGCAGAGUCCAUGUAUUCCGCUUUGACGAAAACCUGAAUCUCCUUCCUAUUGGUGAUGGUUUCGAGCUCUAUGCAUCGACAAAUCCUGGUCUGAGUUCAUAUGCAGCCGAUCCUCAGGCAGCUGCCAAAUCUCUAAAACCCCUCCUCGAGAAAGCCGAGGAUGUCGUUCCAACAGAGUUGCAACACGACACACCGGCUCGACUUGGGGCAACUGCAGGUCUGAGGUUAUUACAAGGAGAUGCAGCUGACAGAAUUUUGGAAGCGGUGAGAAAUUUGUUGAAGAAUGAAAGCACCCUGAAAUACAAGGAUGACUGGGUCUCCAUUCUUGAUGGAACGCAGGAAGGAACUUAUAUGUGGGUAACCUUAAACUUUGUAUUAGAUACUCUGGGAAAAAAUUAUUCUGAAACAAUUUGUACAAUUGAUCUUGGAGGGGGAUCCGUACAAAUGGCAUAUACAAUCCCAGAUGAAAAUGCUGAAAAGGCUCCGACGACCUCGACAAAUGAAACAUACGUCGAGCAAAAGACUUUCAAGGGAACAAAUUACAACCUCUACGUUCACAGUUACUUGGACUAUGGCGGAAAGGCCGGCCGAGCUGAGAUUUUUAAGACCUCUAGAAACUCUACAAAUCCAUGCAUUUUGGAGGGUUAUGAUGGUACAUAUACAUAUGGAGGAGUUGUUUAUAAAGCAUCAGCUCCUCCAACUGGCUCAAAUAUGAAGAGAUGUAGGGUAUUAGCUAGGAAGGCUCUUAAAGUUAAAGCACCCUGCAAAUAUGAGAAAUGUACAUUCAAUGGAAUUUGGAAUGGUGGAGGCGGAGAUGGCCAGAAGAAUAUGUAUAUUUCUUCAUCUUUUUACUGGACAGCGCGGGAGGCUGGAAUUCUAGAAUCUGAUGCAGUUGGUGGCAUAAUUCGUCCACAACAUUACAAGGAAGCUGCUAAGGUCGUAUGCGCAACUAAAUUUGAAGACAUUAAAUCCAAAUUCCCUAACGUUGAAGAUGACGAUAUACCAUAUUUAUGCAUGGACCUCGUAUACCAAUAUACAUUACUUGUAGAUGGAUUUGAUGUGCCUCCCCAAAAACUGGUAACGGUUGUUAAUAAAGUGAAUUACAAGAAUUCGGAACUUGAUGCUGCGUGGCCAUUGGGAUGUGCAAUAGAUGUUAUGUCAUCAUUAGCGACGAAGAGAUCAAUUUUCGAUGAAUGA